AUGACAGACUACGAAAGCAUCUCGAAGCAGGCCGAGGCCGACUUGAACACGUACCAGUCCAAGACCGGCAAUGCAAGACCCCAGGGUCUCGAUGAGGCUGGUGUCAACUCCUUUGCCGAGAAAAAGUUCGAUUCUGCAGAGGUAAAAUACGGCGACGAGCUCAGCACAAACCGUGGAAACAAUAGGCGCAUUCCUCCCAGUGAAGGUGGCAUUCUGGACGACCGCGGUCGUCAAACCAGGGGAGUGCAUUUCGAAGGCAAAGGCGGCCCUCUGGACAAACUCCAAGACUCAUACGACAAACAGCCGGGACAGAACGACAACGAUGUUGUUCCCGCUCGGGUGCCGCACGUCGAGGGCAUCGGCGGCGUCGGCGACAUUGCUACCCAGGGGAAACAAGCGACCAAGGCGAAUGUUGGGGACAAGCCGCCUGGACCCGGGGGCUCGCAGUUCAAGGGUGACGAGUAUUACACGCCUGAGAGCGUGCCAGAUAGUAUUUCGGCCGAGGGGUGGAUUCCGCCCGAGAGCGUGACGCAGAGUAGCAAGGAGACGGAGGGAUAUUCCACGCGAUAA